GCCGCACAGACCAGAGACGAAAUGUUAGCGACGCCAGAACAGCAAGUCGUUUCUAGAAACAAGUUCGGUUACCCCACGAAAUCCCACACCGGAGCAAAAUUGAAUUUGUGUAGCUAGUGCCAGAUCGUUCGUCAAUUCGAACUGCAGCGAGUGCGAUGCGUUUAUUUUAACUGCAUAGCAAAAAGAGAGAGAAAAAAAAUUGGAAAUAAACCAGUGUUUUGUGAAGUGCUUUUGGUACGAAGGAUUUUCAUCGGCCGUAUUUUGUGGCGUAGACCUUCUCGUGAGGGAAGGUUUAAUUUUGUUUUUUUAGGAUUUAAACUCCGAAGCAGAUUUCAGAGGUGCACAAGUUUCCACGGACAUCAAGGGUAUACCAUGGGUUUACCAUGGGCGUGGUCUUGGAUGGGCUACGCCCACAUUUUCCUCCUUCUGUUCCUCUUCCACGAGACUUCUGAAGCCUUUACUGCUCCUGUCACUUCUACUGUUGUCGAAACGGGCCGCUCUACCGUGUUCAAGCACCAGGUUGAGGUAGAGAUAAGUGGCUCUUCAGUUUAUAAAGGCGCGGCCAUUGUAGAAGCCACUAGAUACAAUGCUGAUACUCUGCUAAUCUUCACGGCCAGAGAUGUCAGCGACGAGGCCGAACCAUUGGUAUCCGGCACCGGACUAGGCCGAGCUGUCGUCGUGAAAACGCUUGGCGGGAGAGUCAGCUCCAUUCUUUAUCACCCUGAAGAGGACCAGUACUCUCUCAACUAUAAGAGGGCGCUGGCUUCGCUUCUGACGCCGGCUCUGCCUUCCGGGUCCUUGGCUUACCACACGCAGAACGACAUCUUGGGCACCUGCGAAGUCCUCUACGAAAACACAGGAUCGACUACAACUACGUGGCGAGACUUGACCCGGUGCUCGCACUUCACUUCGGAGUCAGUUCUUGGUGCUCACAGUGUGCCCUUCCUACAUUUGGCCCUAGACGUCCUGGGCAGCGAGUCGAAAUGCGAGUACCGCUGGAGAGGUUUGCCAGGGCGCAUACUCGACGGCGCCACCUGCACGGAUUUCCUGAAGGUGGCACCGAGGUACGCGGCAGAAGAUCGCGUCCUCAAUAUCACUGUGACUUCGAUUCUGACGCACACGGCUUCGACUUCCAUGAACCCGGAUAUUUUUGAAUAUUUACAAGAGGCGUCAGAGGUCACUGACCUCAGCUACAGUCCAGUUCAGCAAGAAGAUGAAGAUGCCGCAAGCAACGCCUCGGGCGUGCUGAAAGAAAUGUGCUCCUCCGGCGGCGACGGGAGAUUGACAUCCAACCUACUGCAGAAAUUCGUCCACUUUACCCACGCCCUGGCACGGUCUACAUCCCCUACCCUGCCUUACCUCACUGCUACGUGCCCCAUACCCAUAAGAAGAAUGGUAUCUUUAGCAGCGGCUAUUGUGGCCGGUCCAAGGGCUCUCGACUUCUUCGUCACUCAACUGGCUGAAUUUUCUCGACUGCCAGAAAAUCCGAUCAAGUAUGGCGAGGAAUUCUUAUUUACGCUGGCACUUCGAAGCCUUGUGAACCCUAAACAUCCUUCAGCCCACGCCCUUCCCCCUGAUUACUUCACCAGGAGGGAGAACCAGAUGGUUUACGAAGAGGUCAUAGAUUACCUACUGGAGCAAGACCCUCCUGCUGUAGCAGGGGUAGCCACCUUGCUGGAGGGUCUGAAGGAAGGCGCUCCUCAACUCUUCGAGAGGCUUCUGGAGAAGAGCUUACCUUUCCUUUCCCCAGCUGAGGCCUGCGAAGAAGGUCGCCAUGCUGAGGCCGUGAGGGUCCUUCGCGUGACGAGUGGGCUGAGCUCCCGCCCUUACGGCUACGUGGCGUCCCUGCGCCCAUGCUUUGCUACGGAGGACGUAGGCGUGGCUGUUGCCGCCAUGGAUUCUUUGACGCUGGUGGACUGCGAUAUUCAGGGCGUAACCGAACUGCAGAAACUAGGACUAGCGAGUCCUUCGGAUCCUGAAAUCAGGAUCGCUGCCUACAGAGGACUCGUUCAUUGCCUACCGGAGCAACCGGGCCUGCUGGAGGUUGUGACAGAUGCCCUUGACCCAAGCCACGACGUCUUCUCCACUCAAGUUGGAUCCUACGUCUGGAGCCACGUCCAGACAAUCUUGAAUUCAGACGACCCGAGCCAGUUCGCGCUGAAGGACCUGCUCCUAGGAUCUGAGGUCAUUGCGGCGUCUCGCGAUCCCGUAUGGUAUGACCCCAGGCAGCAUUCUCGUCACCUGUCUCACACGUUGGACAUCGACUCUCGGUCAUCUCUCUCCCUUUCCUUCGAUCUCAUCUGGGGGAGGUAUUCCCCUGCUCCGAGGUCUGUCUACAUGAAGGUAGUUCUCCAUCACGAUGGAGAGACGCACGAUAUUGGACAGGUGAUGCUGAGAGUGACGGGACUGGAGAGCAUGGUGCUGAAUCUCCCAGGGGUGAAGAGCCUGAUCGAUUCGGCCGCUCACGCGGCUCGGGAUCUCUGGGACAAGGCUUCGAGCUUCGUGAAGGAGACCUUCAGGACGAAAAGGGAGAUCACACACGUUCAGAUCGCCGAAUUCAUCGAUCAUGUAAUGUCGAGGAUUCCUGCAGAGUAUCGCUCAGGGGCGUCCAGCGUCGAGGUUUCUCUGAGUCUCGUGGACAACCACGCCCUCCACGUCAGGCUGUCAGACCUCCAGAACAGGUCCUUCCUGAACGACUUGGGGAGAGCUCUUCAGGAGCCAAUAGAAGCUACGCUUCUGGGUCUUAUGCCCAUCGUAGACAACACCUUCUCCAUGGCGACCCUUUCGGGAGUGCCCAUCAACUUAGGAGUCAGUGGAGUUCUUGGGAGUAACUCUGCCUUGAUGUACAUGAUGGCAGGCGACGCUGGAAUGAUAAAGUUCUUGGCUAGCGGAGGCUUAGGACUGAAGACUCAGAUAACUACCGGAAGGUCCCGGGGUCAAGGUCAAAUCUGGGGUCAGGAAACGCGUCAGACUCGGCCGCUGGCGCUGACGAGUUACGACUUCUGGUCUCUGGAUUUGCCCUUCAGCGCCUCCUACGAGCGUAAGGGAGACGACACCGUUUUUACCAUCCGAAACGCCGAGAACUGGGAUGGGAGGUUCUGGCAACACAGGCGGGAAACGAACAUAGCUGGCCAAGAUGCGAAUAUAAGGGUAACCCAGUCCUGCGUGGCCACGGGGGAGCCUUUGGAAGUCUGCCUGGACGUCCCUGAUAUGGAGGAUCCCGGAGGGGGCGAGGGGCCUGAGGAGGCCUCCCUCCCCGGGCAAGAGCUGUCUGAGGCCCUUCCUGCUGGGUGGCUGAAACCGCAGUCUUUCUCUGUCUACCUGAAGAAUGGAGCUCCAGGCGAGCCGGUGAUUCUGACCCUUUCGUCACCCAGUUCCGCUGGGUCUUGGAUGAGCAGAGGCGUUCUAGAGGUGGGAGGGGAGAAAUAUGAAGGGAGCCUCGUCCUACAGAACAACCCGACGCCUUCAUUCGCUCUCACGGCCAAUUCACCCAAGCAUGUUUACCUUCUCAAAGGAUACGCUGGUUCUAGGGAAAGCAUAACACAAAUGGCGGGGAUGGAGGCAGGAUACGACCAUAGGAUCUAUGGUUUCAGGGCCCAGCUUUCGACGCCAACUUUGGAAAACCAGAGAGUGUGGAGUCCUUCAAUUUUCGUCAGCACUCCUGAAGGAGGGGAGCAAGAAGUCAUAAGGUCCUUCUUCUCUACCAAGGAUGUCAGGGAUUCCCACACGACAGAGCUGAGCUUCAGGACGAUGGGUCCUUUGGUGGAGUACCUCCAUUUCGAAGUUGAUGUGGGCGGCUCGUGGACGCUCAGCCAAUCAGAUGGCUCUUUGCGCAGUAUAGAAAUUAAGAAGAUAAAUUUGGGAUAUCCCAAAGUUUUCCAGAUUAAAUCGGAUGGAAAACUGCAAUUUGGCCAUAGGGCUGAAGGGGAGGCCUAUAUCACGGUCGUCUUUGACGAAGAAGAAGAGGGAGUAGUGGAGUUAGAUUUUUCUGUCGGACCAGUGGUUAAAUUUCUUGCUGGACCCAGUCCUGAUUUAGGGGAGGGAGGUGGGGAAGGAGGAGGAGGAGGAGGAGGAGGAGGAGGAGGAGGGUCCGUUUACAAAUUCGGCGUCAAGCUAAAACACAACCAACUUCCGGAGGAGGUCCAGGGUCAUUUUAGUGUCUUGGUUGACAGAGGUCGGGUAGAUACCAGCCUAAACUUCCACCUUUCAGACACCGGUGGCUUCAACGUCACUCACGUCACAAACGGUGUCUUGAAUUACAAAACGACGGCGAAUGUACGUUACGCCCCACUGAACAUCCUGUGGGGAGGGGAACACGAGUUCAUGCUGAGGGAGGACGAGUUCAAGCAUUUCCUGAAGGUGUCUUGGUCGCCUCGCACUCAGGACUACGCCUCUUCGCUCAUACAUUACGUCAAUCAUAAUUUAUUGGCCCUCGACCGAUCUCUUAAGAUUGUGGUAGUGUAUCCAGGCCAGGUGGUCGAAGUGGAAAACUCCAUGGCAGAGGCCAGAGGCGGAUCCAUCAAGAACAAACUGGAAGUGAGAAUGGAUCCAGGCCGCGCUGUUUCCAUGGAAACCGUCAUCAUCUACAGCAACAAGCCUGGAAUGUUCUCGUACGGGGUCUCCAAUUCCUUCAAACUGGAUACCUGGAUGAGUCCUGUGAACAUAGUCGGAACAGUGAACUGUAUGGGCUCUGGAAAUAAGUGCGACAUUGCUGUGUCAGCCGUGCAGGCGGCCGAUCAGCUGGGGGAUCUUGACAUCAAGCACACAGCAGCCGCUGGGGUUUCCCGAUCUGCGGCUAAAUUCUCCGUCAAGGGGUACAUUGACGGAUCAGUAUCCAUCGACGCAGUGCACAAGUUGGGCUACUACAACCUGAACUGGGAACUGGCUUUCUGGAGCCUUCAGUCUCUGGCAGUGGGCCAUGCUAAGGCUGACGUCACAUCCGUCGAGAUAGCAACGGCAGAGAUGGUUCUUCAGAAGCUGGUGGGCGAUGAAGUUGGUGACGUCACUUCCACCUUUAACGCUACCGUGAGCUUUAACCCCGAGAUCAGAGCCGUGUUUUCCAGGCAGGAGGUGCGUGUGAUUGAUGAGGGAAAACAAUUACUCUGGGUUGGGGUCCUGCAAGGAAGAGCUGGAGAACGCUGGAUUAACAGCCGACAUUUCGGAAAGGCAACGCUGUUGACACCGACCGGGAUGUACUACUCUGCGAGUGGCGACAUCGACUCCCGAAUCAACGGUCUCAAGGCGUCUAUGGCUGACGUGAGCUUCUCCGCCGAAGCUGGUCCCGAAAUAUCAUACUUACUCUCCUGGCACCUCAGAUUGUUGCAGCCAAACUCAACAGCUGUGAGUAGCUUUGCAGACCUGGAGACCUUCAACGAGGAGAAAGGAGAGGCGGAAGGCGCCCUUUACGGAGAGGAAUACUACGACAACUAUGAGGACGAGGAAACGAGCGAGGACGACUACCUCCUCGACGAAGAGUCCCUCAACGAGGACUUCUCUCACAUCGGGAGGCCCUCGCUCACCCUCGAGACACUCCUCAGGGGAAACAGCCCUCGCACGGGAGAGAUGAAGCUGAAGGUGAAGGCCCGAAAGACCGACUUCUACUGGGAUGGCGAGGAGGCGCAUGGAGGAGGUGGCGCUCCAGGUGGAGAGAGCGAGAAAUACGACGCCGAUAUUCGGCUGAUCAGCGAAAACGACCCCGAGAUGGGUCGCAUCCACGGCAGCCUGACCCGUUCCGCGGGCAUCUAUUCCCUCAACGGUCGCGUGUGGUCCGGGAUGAGGUCGCUCGGGGUCGUCUCCUAUGGCAUGGCUCGGAACGACUCGGUCAAGUCGUCCCAUUCGGUCGUUCUCGUCGACCCUACGACCCCGUGGACGAGAAUGGAGGUCACUGUUAGUGCCGACCACCUCGGGUCUUUCCCGUACAAUUUUCAGACUUCAGCAGACGGUAGGGUCACCCUCGGCUUCCAAGAAGUAGCUGCAGUGAGGGCUUUAGCCCAGUGGACUCCAGCUGAAUCCGCCGUCAAUUUGGGUUUCCAUUCUUUCUUCAAAAGCUUUCCAGGAGGACAUAUUUACUAUAAGUUAUCUCCAGGCUCCGUGCAAGCAUCGGUGGGCUGGAGAGAGAUGAAAACAGUCACCCUUCUGCAGUGGAUGGAGGACGGUCGCGUCUUCCAGUUUGCGUUAAAUUACGAUUAUCCAGGGGCUCCAUUUAACGACUUGGAUGCCAUCAUAAAGUUCGGAAUCUCUCGGCCGCCAUAUCCACCUGUGAAACUUGGCAUGUCGGGACGAGUGUCCAUCAACGGUCUCUUCCAUUACGUCAUGAACAUGGAUUGUGGAUCACAACAGGAAGAGUGUUCGAUCACGGGGGCGCUCGUGAAGCCAGGUGGUUCGGGCUCCGUCCGACUUCAGUUCAAGAGAGCCGGGAAUCUGUACGGGGUCUUAGGCGCUCUUGUAUUAGACGGGUUAUCUCUUCAGGUCAGCGGUAGUCUGACGCAGCUCAACCCCGGAGAGGAGGUGCAGCUGGUCUUACACAGUUCCCUUCUGGAGGAGAAAAGUGGCUAUAACUUCAAGAUCACCCGGAAGUUCGAGGGGCCCAACAACGUCGAGUGCGCCUUUUUCUUGUCGCAAGCCGGGAAAGAGAAGAAUUGGAUGUACACUUACAAGCUCUUCCUCGAGAUGGAGAGGGACAUCAAAGCAAAGAUACGAAGGCUGAGGGUCGAGGACCACUUGACUUACGAGGAGUUGGAGGAGCUCCUUCACGACUACAAUUUCUUGAUAAUGGUUGUCCAUAAUAAAUUCGAUGAGUUGGAAGUCGAGAUUGAGUUCCCAGACAUUUGGGCGGAAGUGAAGGCCACCGGGACGGUCGUCAAAGGGAAGGACUCGCAGCUUGACCUCGUUUUUAUCACUCCUUCCAUCAAGCAUCUGCUCGAGGGUCGCCUGAUAUUUGGGAGUGAGUCGUGGUGGUCCUCGCACAGCGGGUCCUUCUCCUACACGCAGCAGGGCAAGAAGGGUCGAGGGCAACCUUUCAAGCUGGAGGUCGAAGGCUUCAAGUGGAAUUCAGACCGUCAGAAGUAUAAGCUUUCCAUUCAGAAGAUGGUGGACGAAUUCACACUUGCCAAGUAUAAGAACGAAGAGAAUGCCUAUUCCAAAAAUGACGCCGGAAUGCUGUUCGUCAACUUCGAUGCAUCGUUAGAUAUAUCACGUGACUCGGGUUCCAGAGAAUACAAAAUGUCCUGGGAGACAGACGAGACGAAGAAUUCCGCCAAGCUGGCCUUCGAGGAGGACCAGAGCGGCGGGAAAGGGCUCUUCAAGUACACGAGAGACAUCAAGGGUCGACCGAAGUCGGAGAUCGAGUACGAAAUCAAAGCCAACUACAGGAGGUUCGACACCGAGGUGACGCUUUCAGCCACACUGGACCACACGCAUAUCGACAGGCCUCGUGCUCUGAGUUUCCUACAUUCGGAUGCUGAGGGAUACACCGAGCUUGUCCUUGAUCUCUUCAAGGACGAGGGCGAUCAGGUCAUCCUAGUAAUUACCUACUUACCUGAGAACUUCAGGAUCAGACUGGGCCAGUUUGGUAACACCUUCCUACAAGUUGGCUAUCAAAAGUCUACUGAGGAUGAAGAUGUUCAGCAUUCUGUUCAGCUGGAAAGCUCUGGCCACACUCUAGAAAUAUGGAUAGCCUCGUCGCCAGACGGAGUUAGGACGUGCCAGAAAGGAGGGCUGAUCCUUCAAACACCUUCCUUGGCACCGACGCACAAUGCCCUCAUCUACUGCCCGGCGCCCUCACCAGAACUCACGAUCCAGGUCAUGGGAGUAGAGGAACACGAAGGCCCUUACUUGAGGAUAGGUCAGAUAUCAGGUCCGGGUGGAGUGGGAGCACAAGUUGGCAGCGGGCGCCUUAGGCCUCUGGAUACUCCCCCAGCCCUUACUUUAACCACGGAUGUAGAGGAGGAAGUCCUUGAGAUCCUGAUUGAUUGGCAAAGCCCAUCAAUAGCGCAGCUCAAGGAAGAAGUGUCAUCCCGAGGCACCUCUCUCAUGUCUGCUGUGGAAGGCUUGGGAGACGUCGAGGUGCACGUUGAAGGAUCGUUGGACCUCUGGGACCUCCUCCGAGAUACACAGGCCCUUCUGGAAGACGCCGGAGACUUGAUCUCUUCUACUGGGAACUAUAUGCUUGACCAGAUCCUUGACGAAAAUACUGAGAUUCGUUUGGGUACUAUGCUAAGGAUCUCCGGCAGAGGAAUCCUCGAGUUCCUGGAAGGUCAACUCGAGUAUCCUUUGAGCCUCGUGGAGGAGUGGGCGGAUCUCUUGCUCGAGGUCACUGAGGAGUCCUUGGAGGUCGUUGAAGAAACGGUCGAUGAAGUCUUAGAUGAAGUCGUCCGUUUUGUUGACGAUGUAACAGGAAUAAUGACCGAGAGUGCCAGAAUGAUUGUAGGUGCCAUAGACGAGACAGUCAGGCCCCCUCUUCUUCGCCUUCAAGCUACGAUCUCGUCCCUCUCCUACAACGACGAUCAGACUUUAUACGCCUUCGUCUCGCGUGUAAUGGGAGACGUUAGGACGAGAUUUGGACGGCAUGAAGGCUUUACAGAUUUUGUUACUCGAACGCUUUAACAAGAUUUGAAAGGUGGUUAAUAAGUGUGGCAAGGUGGGAGGAAAUACGAGAGAAAGGAUCUGUAUUGCUGUAUUACCUCAGUCAAGUGACAACCUUCGAUGCAGUUAUGCCUCACGCUACUGCUCUUAAAUUAAGG